CCUUCGAAAUUUGCGGAAGUACGCCGACUGGCUGGAGGAACUGUCAAGCUUACUGUAGUGCUCUGCUAAUCACGGUUAAUAUUCCCUUUAAAGAAAUAGGUUUAUCGACGCAACCAUCAUGCCUAUGUUUACGGUAAAUACCAAUGUGGCCAAGAGUGACAUUCCUCCUGCACUGUUGUGCGAGGCCACAGAACAACUGGCCAAAGCGAUGGGCAAACCUGCGCAGUACAUUGCUGUGCACAUCAACCCGGACCAGUUGAUGUUUGGAGGAAAAGGAGACCCUUGUGCCCUCUGCUCCCUCCAUAGCAUUGGAAAGAUUGAAGGAGCUCAGAAACAGUACUCUAAAUUAAUUUGUGGACUGCUCAACAAACACCUGGGCAUCUCCCCUGACAGGAUCUAUGUGAACUUCUUUGACAUGGAGGCAGCUAACGUGGCCUGGAACAACUCUACCUUCGGCUAAGCACGAGAUCUGAACUUCAGUGGGAGUUUGCUCUUACUUUCCUCUUCUGUAGAAAGAGAGAAGCAGCAUAUGCAUAAUUGCUGAGCGGUGUGAUAAAUGCACGUAAAUGGACCCUUGCUUUAUUACGGACCCUUGAUUUGCUCUGGACCAUUUGAAUUUGAUGUUACAAUAAAGUGACUCUCCUGAUAUCAACUUUCUACAUUUUCCCAGGGUUUGUUUUACAGGCUGGGUGUUUUGCACUGCUUAUAAUCAAGCAUGAAUGAAGAAGUGUUUCCUCACACUAACAAUUUUUUUAUUUAAAUGAUAUACAGUGUCUCAUAAAAGUGAGUACACCCCUCC